CCGCUCGGGAGGCCAGCGGGCAUGCGCGGACCCGCCCACCCCGCGCAGGCGCACGGCGGCGGCCCGAAGCCCCCGUGCCCGUAGUCGGGUUGGGUCUGAGCGUGGCUGGCGCGUGCGGGGUGCGAGUCGCUGGGGGUGACCCACCUUCCCUCGACCCUCUCAUGCUCCAACGCAGAGUUUGCUUUGGGCAAGUGGCAGGCAGAAAAAGGAAGUUUGCUGCUGACUGAGAAGAGCGACGGAUCUUUCCGGCAACAUGGCCUCAGCUCCCUCCACGACUCAUGCGUCCCCUGAUUACUGCAACUGGAACCCGAACGAGGCUUCCUUCCCGGAACAGUUUGCCUGGGGGGCCUCCACAGCAGCCUAUCAGAUUGAAGGAGGCUGGAAUGCAGACGGAAAGGGCCCCAGCGUUUGGGACACGUUCACCCACCAGGCGGGAGAGCGGGUUUUCGAGAACCAGACUGGCGACGUCGCUUGUAGCAGCUAUGCUCUGUGGGAGGAAGAUUUGAAAUGUAUCAAACAGCUUGGCUUGACUCAUUAUCGCUUCUCUCUUUCCUGGUCACGUCUGUUACCUGAUGGGACGACAGGUUUCGUCAACCAGAAAGGCAAUUGUUCCUUUAAAACAGAAAGUUGCGCCGUUUUAAUUCAAGGUUACUGCCGCAGUCUGGCAUAAUUAAUCCAGUGUGCUGUUCUGCAGUGCAGUUUGGAAAUUGCAACUUUGU